AACGGUUCUGCAAAAGAACGGUAUGAACAACGCUACUGGUGAUCAGAAUGGAGCUUGUGCUGGAGGCUAUUACGCCCAGCCGAAUGCAAGUUAUUGGAACGGGUGUGGUAACCAGUACGGCAAUAUGAAGGGUUCUACUGUCCCAGGCGGUAUGAUGACAGGUAAUAAUAUGCAGUACAAUCACCAGUGGGUGAACAAUAGUAACGCUUACUACGGAAAUGAAAACCAGAAUCACAAAGGCCGGUCGGGUUGUGGGUCUACUUAUGGCAACAACUGUAACCCGAAUUACAGUGGCAACAGCGGAACUGGUGCGUCGAAAGGAGCCGCAAAUAUGAGCGGGAUGACAAACAAUAACAACCAACACCAGUGGAACAACAAUAACAGCAAUGGUCCUUCAACCGGCACUGCAAAUCACAACUCUUUAUCGGCUCGCAAGCGCAGCAACGACAACAAACAAAAGGCCGCUUCCAUCGCGGGUUCGAAUCCCAAUUCCCCCGACAUUUCCAUCCAGCGCCAAAACCAACAGGGUACCACGAUGGGCCUGUGCGGGGUUCGCACCCCCCCGCAUAAACGCAGCAAUUCCGCUUCGAACCACUCGCAGACCAUGAGCAACAGUGAAAAGAUGCGACGGUCGAAGACGAAUAGCGGGAGUGGUGGAAAUCAUGGUACCAGCAACGGCGGGGGAUCUUACAAUCACGGAAUGAAUAACAGUCGCGGCAACCUUGCUGCAAACGCGAGCUCGAACGCAAGCAGCGUUAAUAUUAAAACGCCGGAUCAGAAGAACCACGACGGGAAUAGGAAAUCCUCGUCUAAAAUAACUUCCAACAACAGCUCCAUGACAAAAAGGGAGAGGAUUUUCAAUAGUCCACCAGGGUUAUCUGUUUCGAACAACAGCCCCCCGGCGAACUGUAACGUUUACCCGACGUACGAGCACCAAGAUUGCCCGACGAGUUGCCAGAAGGACGAUGAUAUCCAGUUCAAAUAUGUCUGGGACUGGGAGAUUGCGAGAUGUGUCAUGCUCGUCUGGCAUAACGAUGACUCUGAACUUUGUAUUGCGUGGCCGCGAAGAACUCCUCGCGUCUUUCAUGCACAAACGCAGUUUCUCAUGCGAAGUACGCAACUCAGAAGCAGAACCACGGAAAAACUUGUCAUGCUGGGCAGCGCAUCACAGUGUGCUCACUCUUCCCUUUCUUGCAUCACAAGUUUCCGCACCCAGACAUAUUUGCAAUGCAUAGAUGACACACAAGCCUAUACCAGCUCCAGUUCCUGUGCGGUAAGCAGUAGCUCUGCGGAGGAGAGUGAGGAAUGUAGUGACAGCGGGGUGGAAGUUUUGGGAGAGGAAGAACAUCAUUCACAGGAGGUUGGCAACUUGCAAGGCGGACAACAUCAAAUGGGUGGUAGUGCUGCCAUUGCCCACCAGCAGCAGGCUGGAGCAGCAAUGGAUCAUACGACGUAUGGUCACCAUCAGCAGGGUACAGCGAUGUUAGCGCAACCACCUGCGCAGGAACAGUGGAUUCCGACCUACUAUAACCCGGUCAGUGGAGAAAUCAUGGUGGCUGCAGCACCCCCAGGAGCCGCCGCCGCCGCGCAAAUGGGAACAGCAGCUUGUCAUGCUAUGGAACAACAGCAGCAGCAAGAGCAGCAGCACGAAAUCGUUCCCCCGCCGCCACCGCCACCGGCGGAUGGACAGGAAGACGCUGGCAUCGGAAACAGCAACAGCAAAACUAGAACUUGUGAUGCUGGGGGAAAUGCGAGUAACGUCAAUGGCAACAACCAGAUCCAAAUCGACAACCACAUGCUGAAUCUCUCCGCGUUAACCUCUUCGCCAGGCGAUAGUUUCACGACCGAUCCAACGUUGCAACAGCAUCAAGAGCUAGUUGGAAACGAUCCGGACAAACUCCAAGCGGAACAGGAGUACGCGCUAGCCGCGGAUCAGUUUUGGGCCGGACAAAGCUGGUUGAACGCGUGCGGUUUUGGGCUUCCGUCGAUCAACGGAGCGAUGAUGCCGAUGCCGGGAAUGUUGGCCGGAGCCAAUUCGCAGACGGCUGCCGCGGCGGCGGCGGCCGCGGCUUUGAACUUGCAGAACAUGUUCAUGCAGAUGCAGAGUAACUGCAACGCGGCGUUUGGCGGUGGAAAUGCCAACGGGAAUGGAACAACAACUUCUGGGGGAACAAGCACUACUGGUUUCGCAGACCCCGCACUCGUGUUUCAGCAGGCACAGCUGUUGUCGCAAAUGCAAGCGAUGAACAAUGGACAGCCGGUGAACAUCGCGGCUGCGAUGGGAAAUGCUGGCACUACAACUGCGGCAGCACACGACGGAUCCGGGCAGCAGCAACAGCAACAAGGGGGAAGCACCACUGACCCUCGCGGUUUCAUGGACUGGUUGAUGAGCAAUGCGGCCACUACAGGCAACAAUAAUUCUGUCGGGCAGCAAAACCAAAACGGCAACAAUCCCAUGCAGUUUUCCAACGCUAUGCAGAUGGCGUUUUUGCAGCACAUGCAGCAAAUGAAUAUGUUUGGAACUUCUGGAGUGAGUACGCAGCCUGGUUCUAUGCAAAUGCCCAUGACAAGUUCCUACGACGGGGCGACACCGAUGACGAUGAACGGGAUGAACAUGCAGAGUGCGAUGAACAUGAACAUUCAGAACGCGAUGAACAUGUGGCUGAUGCAGCAGCAGAUGGGGACUAGUGCUACGACUAGCAUGACAAAUUCCGGCGCUGGUACAACUGCGACUACAAUGAGCGCCGGGGCGGCGCCGUGGAAUCCGAGCACGAACGGAACGGAAGAGGUAGUGAUGCAGCACCAAGAGCACGGAGGUGGGAGCGGAACUUCACAACACCACUACGGUAGUUGUACCGAGUCGCAAUGUGGUGGAACUAUGUCCAAAACUUCCUCUUCCGCGACCACGAACAGCUCUGUCGGUGGGGGGAAAAACGGAGGUGCAGCGGGGAACAACAACAAACGGAGCUCGAGCAAGGACAGCGGAAAUGGCCAUGGCAAGCAGAACGGUGCAAACCAGCACCACCUCGGGAAGUCGUACACGCACCAAGGCACUAUGUCGAAAUACAACAACGGUAAUUCGAUGUCGAAAGGCGGGUAUGGAAACAAGUCCUCCGACAGUAUUUCCAGUACCAGCACAGCUCAGCAAUUCUCCAAGACAGCCAGUUGCAGCACCAAUGUUGGUGGGUACACGUCUUCGCAUGUGGCGCAGGGUCAGACGGGUGCUGGAAAGUACGAAGUUUUCAGCCACCAGACGGAGCACACAACUUCCGGGACGAUGAACGGGAAGUCCGGUAACAACUCCCGCCCCUUGAGCCCCGAGGAUGAAGCGCUGAUUGGUGGUGGUGGCCACAGCAGCUCUGUUGCUGGUGGAAAAAAGCAUGCCAAAUCCCAGGAAAUCACUCCGCCCUUGUCGAAAAUAACCCCGAUCACGGAAACUUCGCAUCACGUUUUACCUUCCCCCGCCGCAGGGGAUUUGAGUCCCUCCGUCUUGAUCAACAACACUUCUGGGGUUUUGAAAAAGGACAACUCGUUACUGUUGUCACCGUGGUUGGAGUCGCCCGACUGUAACGAAAAUCAAGGUGAAGUUGAGGAGUUUGAGAAGAUGCGCGGUGGGUCUCGUGACGGAGGGAACAAUGCGGCUGCGGCAGACAAGAACAACCGCGAGCAAGAGGACAACACGUUCGACCUCUCGGUCACGCAGAAUUCUUCUUCGAACAAGGAUGAGAAAGAAGAUUUGUCCGAUAUCCGGUCUAAUUUGGUUUCUCCGCCGUUGAAUUGUGGGGAAAUGAACAACAAAAUCGAGAACAACAACAAUCCGAGCAUGACAAACAGCGGGAAGAAGACGUCGACCCUGAUGGAAAACAAUCAGCAACAGACGGGCAACAAGCAAUUUCUAACCCCGAUCUCCAUGUACCCUGAAUGCUUACGGAUCUGGCGGUCGUUGAUUUACCACUUACGCGACCAUUUAGACGACCACGAUGUAAUCAAAAAGCUGUUUGACCAAUACACGGAGUUUUACGACGUGAAGGAAUUGAUGCAGAUGGGAAAAAGCGAAGUUUGUCAUGCACAGCAGCAACAGCAGCUCUCGGAACCACAACUUCUACUGCAAAAUGGUUGCAACCCGAAAAAUAGCAAGCACUCGACUUUCACGCAGAAGGAAUACCAGCAGAAGUACCUGCAACUAACCCCGACCCAGAAGGAGUGCUCGCAGAAUUUGGAUUUCUUGCUGCAGAUUUGCGCGGAGUUCCGGCAACUGAAACUCGCGGAAUAUUUCUACGACAAAAUGUCGGAUCUGAUGCCGAAUUUGAUGUACACCAUGAUGCAGGUCUACGCGAGUUGCUCGAUGUACUCACCCGCGUGUGAACUGUUUUUCGAGCGGCAUCCAGGUAUGGACGAUUUCUGUUUUGCUCAUUGAUUCAAUUGAUGCUCAUGCUAGUCUCGCAUGACAAACUGCUUUUUUCUACCUUUUUCCGCAUUACAGAUUCGCAUGAACAAAUCGAAACUUGAAACAGAGUACCUCCCCUCCCCGCGCAAGAACCAGCACGCGGCUUUUCAGCACUUGCAAACCGGGAAUACAGCCAACGCUAAUUCCGACAAUGCCAACAAGCAGAACACGCCUUCUACAUCGCAAUUAGGAUGCGUUUUGAAAUGCUGCGUUGAGCUCGGCCAAUAUGAUGUUGCGGAGAAGUUGUUCUCCAGCUUGGUCUGUUCUGCUACGGACACGAGCGUUUCGGGUGGUUGUACUUCUAAUGGCGGUCUUUCUGGUGGAGAAACCAGCACAGAGCAGGAGAUCACAACCGGUGCCACUUCUUUGCAGUCCUCUUUGUCCUCCCCCGGGGAGAUUGAGACGAGUGCUGGCAGUAGUCCUCAGGUCGACGGGGGCGCCAACGCCAUGGUGAAUGAAGAAGGCACUGCUCCUGCGGGUGCCUGUUGUCCCAACAACGACGACGACCGCUUAGACAAAUCUGUGACUCUCCCGAGUCCGAUGGUGAUGAACACCAACCCAGGACGGCAAGUGUCGUUGACGGAAACACCAGGGAGUAGCUCCGCCUGCAAUACAAGUUCUGGGACAACAAACGUUGAGAACAGCACAACCAUGAGCAAACAGUUGGAUUUGAAGGAUUACAUCACCAUGAUUCGCGGAUUCGGCCGGCAAGGGAAAUUACAGGAGGCGAAGUCGAUUGUGAAAUUACUCCGCGAGAACAACGCCGCUGCCUGCCACGCGAAUAAAGAAGACACCAGCGAGCAGGGCAAGGAAAAUCAAAAUGCAGAGGAGAUAACCAAGGCGAAUGCUUAUGCUGCUACCACAACCGGAAACAACAACAGCAACAAAGACACUUCCUCCAAUCACUACACUCUCAUCCGUCCGGCCUACAACGCGCUGCUCGACACGAUCGUCUCGUUAAAUCAGCAAUUCUGCAACAAGGAUAAGAAACGGGAAUUGGCGAAGGAGAUUCUGGAAGAAAUGGAGCAAUUCAACCUUUGUGAUUUAUCAAAUGCAAAAAUGUCUGGGUCUGGAAGAAUACAAACUUGUGAUGCGCAUUUCAGAACACAGAAAAAUCUCUCAUGCAUGGGGAGCAAAAGCUGUCCACUUUCUGCCACCAAAGUGGGGGAUUUGUCAUGCGGAUUCGGCAUUGCGGAAGCUUCUCGAAACCUGUCAUGCUUGAGCUUCCAUGCCAGACCUUCUGUGUCAUGCAAAAACAGCAUGACUCUUCCAGACCCAGACAUUUUUACAUUUGAUAUGAUUCUGUCUCCUACAACACGUAUUUGAAGGCGUUUUGCCACACUUUACCCGAUGCAUUUGAUUGUUUGGAGCAAUUACGGCAGAAAUCCCAGUUCACUCCGGAUAGAGUCUCCUACAACUCCAUCUUAAACCUUGCGGUCUCGAUGGGCGACUCGAGACGUGCCUGGCGGAUCAUCAACGAGGGCCUUUGUGGGAUCAAGUACCCGAUCGACCACUACACAGUGACGAUCAUGUUGAAAACGGUGCGGGUUCAAUCGACGAACCACGUGAACGUGAACAUCGCGAAGAAUAACAAAGCGGCUUUUAAACUGUUGGAUAAGAUCUGGAUCGGGCAGGAUGAAUUUUUAUUGAAAACGGCGAUUGAUUCCUGCAUUCGCGGGAAAGAAUACCAACGGUUGAAGCGGAUUUUAGAGUGUAACGAGAUCAAAUUCCCGAACGUGCCGACGUAUGGAUCUUUGUUGAAGGGCUGGGGAAUUUUGAAAAACCUGGAGAACGUGAAGAAGCUCUGGGCGGAGAUGGUGACGACGUGUGGUUUGCAGCCGGAUGAGAUCACUCUUGGGUGUAUGAUUGACGCGUGCGUGUCGAACAACCAGGUGAACUACGCACUGGAGCUGUUCAAUAGCUACAAGACGAUCCUGAAACCCAACCCGAUUAUGUACUCGACGUUGCUGAAGGGGUUUGCGCUGGAACGGCGGGCCAAGGAGGCGCUGGGGUUCGUGCGGGAGAACAACGUAUUUCUUUUUUACUUUACGCACUUUUUUUUGUCAUGCGCGAAUCCGCAUGAGCUUGUGUUUUUGCCAUGCAAAACUACCAAAAGAAAUUGAAAUUCUAUCAGGUCCUGAUGAACGAGGUUUCGUACAACACUUUGAUCGACGCCUGCUGCCGGUCAGAGGAGAACAUGAUGCAAAACGCGGAAGAAUUGAUCGAGGAAAUGCUCAGUAAAAACCUAAAACUCGACAUCAUCACCUUCGGCACUCUCAUCAAAGGCUACAUGAUGCAUGGCCUAGUCGACCACGGGAUCCAGAUUUACCGCAAGCAUUUCUGCAAUGAGGAAACGAGAAUGUUAAAACCGAACGAGGUGAUCUUCAACACGCUUUUAGACGGUUGUGUGAAGAACAACAAAUGCGAGCAGGCGCUGGAGUUGUUUAAUGAGAUGAUUUACAACCAGAAUUAUGCUGGUCAAGAAAUAAAUGGUGACGCGAAUAAAAACGGCAACAACACUACCACCUCCAAACCGACCUGUUGUUUCACCCCGUCGCACUUCACGUUGACGAUUGCGAUCAAGAUGUACGGGAGAUUGCAGAAAGUGGAUGAGGCGUUGAAAUUAGUGGAGCAGUGGCCGGUGUUGUACAACAUUUCGCUGAAUAACCACGUCUUCACCUGCUUGCUCUCCGCAUUGCUGAAUAACAAAUGGUUCCAGCACGCACUGCAGAUUCCGGAAUUGAUGAAAAAAUCUGAUGUUGCGCCCGAUGCGAGAACCUAUGGGACGUUGGCUUUAGGGUUGUUGCGGAACGGAGGAAGUGGGACUAACAACAAUUCCAGCACAAACAACAACUGUGGAAAUAACCAGAUGAAUAAGAGCGCGGAUGAACAAAACAAUCAGCAGAACAAUAAUACCGACUGGGUCUUGAAGGCGCGGAGCGUUGUCUUACAAGCGUUUCAGGACUAUCAACUGUAAAAAUGUCUGGGUCUGGAAGAUUCUGACACUUGUCAUGCACGCUUUGCGUGAGCCCUGAUGUCUGUGAUGCAUGCCCUAGCAUCACGGAUUUUUUGAGAGCUUCUUGAUACCUAUUCCGCAUGACAAACGCCCUCUCCGCGUAGCAAAAAUUACAUUCCUUGUGGUACUCAUGCAAUACAGAUUCUUUUUCUGGAAUCCAAAAACAGCAUGACAAAUUGCAAGCUUCCAGACCCAGACAUUUUAACAUUUGAUAAGGACGGACCUGGUGUGGAGUUUGACACCUUGUUCCGGAUGUGCAAGCAGGAUGAGUAUCUGUACAAUGAGGUUGUGAAGUCCUGCUGGCCGCAAUGUGCGGAGGCCAAGGCGGUGGUCGAUCGGGUCGGGCACGCGCUGUACCGCGGCGGGAAUCUGCAUGGUAAUAACGGCCACAAUCACCACGGAACUAACAAUCAGCAUCACCAGAAGCGCAACGGAGGUGGUGGUAAUAAUGCGCAGAACAAUAGUAGUCAAAGCGGUGGGAUGAACCGGCAGCAGCAGCAAGGAGUCAUGCAGCAGGGGAACAGCAACAGCGGUUCUGGCGAUAGUAACAAGAACGGCACGACGGCGAAUCAACAGCAGAACAGAGGCACAACCGGUGGAAACAUGCAUCAGAACAACGGAGCAGGGAUGAACAAUUACAGUAAGAAUGCGAACUGGAACAACGGAAACAUGCAGCAGCAGGGAAAUGCCACUUACUACAGCAACCAGCAGUACAAUCAAAUGAAUGGCAACGGAAGCUGCAGUCAGGGUAAUGGUUCUUAUCCCGGUGCGCCGGCCGCGCACCAGUACAACGGCAGCAUGAUGAACGGCGGCUAUGGAGGCUGCAGCGGCCACCAGGGUUCUUACAACAACAGCGCCAAUUAUUGGGGCGGCGCUCCUGGUUCCUACGCGACUGGAGGCUGUAACUGGGGCCCGCAACAUCACCAGAACGGGUCUGCUUCGUGGGGGCAGCAACACGGGAUGAACCAGAUGCAAGCUGGGUCCAUGAUGAUGAACACCGCGGUCUAUGGGAAUAACAACACGCACGCCUCUGCGUACAAUCAGAGCCAACAGAUGAGUACUACGGGAAACAUGAACGGCGGUGGAAACAUGACUUCCAACAACAACUGGCGUGGUGGUGCAGGGGCGCAACGGAACAACAACGCCGGCGGGACUUCUUCUGCUAAAGGGGGAAGGUAAGGAGUGAAAGUUGAUAAAGUACCAGGGAGUCAUUGAGGACAAAGACGUGUUGACAUCAGGGACUCUUAGUACUUCUGCACGACGACUGACCUCGAGGUUGUGCUACUUGAGAUAGCUGUUAGAAAAUAAAUCGGGCUUCACAAAAUUCGAAUGGUUUUUUCUCCUUUCCCGUGUAGAAAUUUUCUUUCUUCCGUCAAUAGAGGUUACAGUGUAUAUAGCAGCUUCUGCCAAUAUACAGCCGGUUUCACAGUCAACAUCCGUGGUCAAGAUCCACGAGCAAAUACUUCAUCUUCACAAGUCAUGUUUAGUCAAACAAGAUUUGCAUCAAUUUCCUCACAUCAACGAUAAAUGUGCUUUGGCAAUAAUUCACAAUUUUUUCAACAAGCGAAAACAAAUUUAUGGUACUCGUCUUGUAUCGGGUAAUAUCAAGGCUAAGUACUACUCUUCCUCCGUUUCGAGCAUUUGUCUUUCAAUUUGGUCGAGGUUUAACUUUAUUUCCGUAGUUUCUCGAUUUUGCUGAUGUUUCACUUUAUUUCAGUAUGCUAAAUGUAAACAAAAACAAAUUGUAAAAAGAAAACGAGCUCAUUUCUUGCCGUACUUGUUCUCUGCCAUGGUUGUGUCUACUAAACUGCUUUUUUGCAAAAACGCAAACCCUUCGUCUGCAACAAAAACGCAAAAACUUAUUUAGUUCGACAAGUAUCUUUCUACAACAACUUCGUUUGAUAUUCAUCCGUUUAGCUUGGCGAUUCUUUUUCUUUAUCUUUUGAGAAUUUUCGUUUCAUCUAGCUCGUCUCGUCCCUUGCGAAUACUGAUAGUUGUAAUUGAAAAGUUGAGUUGUACUAUUACUUUUUUUGCGAUGUAAAAAAAUACGAUUUUUAGCCUAUCCAAUCUUUCGUCCCUCUGCCACUGCAUCAGCCUAUUUCAUUCUGGGGAUUACAAAGCAGCAACUCUGAAAAUUCCGUCGCUAUUUGCCGUUUUCUGCUCUAAAUUUUGUAGUUUUCUUUCAGUGAAUAAUUGGAUUUGUGUUGCUGGUGCGAGUAUCAGGCUGUGCUGGUUGUCCUGCGACUUCUGGUGUCGCAUGGUGGUCUCGUUCACUAGUCAACACUAAGACCUAUUGUAUGAAUAGUUGAGAACAAAAAAGCACUUGUGUCGUAUAAUUUCAAGGUACUAAUGAUUCCGACCUGCGGUA